AUGAAGCUCUCUCACGCACUCUCUCACGCACUUUCUCACGCGCUCUCUCACGGGCUCUUUCACGGGCUCUCACUAACUCUCUCACGCAUUCUCUCACGCGCUCUCUCAUGGGCUCUCUCACGCGCUCUCACUCGCUCUCUCACGCGCUCUCUCACGGGCUCUCUCACGCGCUCUCACUCCCUCUCUCACGCGCUCUCUCACGUGCUCUCUCACGCGCUCUCUAUUGCGCCCUCUCAUGCUCUCUCUCACUUGCCCCCUCGUGCGCUCUCUCUCACGCUCACUCACACGCUCUCUCACAUACUCUCUCACGCGCACUCUCACGCGCUCUCGCACACGCACUCUCACGCGCUCUCUCAUGCUCAAUCUCACGCGCUACCUCACGUGCUCUUUCAUGCGCUCACUCACGCGCUCUCUCGCGCGCACACUCACGCGCUCUCUUACAUGCUCUCUCACGCGCUCUCUCGCGCGCUCUCUCAUACGCUCUCUCACGCGCACUCUCAUGCGCUCUCUCACACGCACUCUCACGCGCACUCUCAUGCACUCUCCCAUACCAAAGUCUUCGCACGUACAAGAUCCCACGCGCACUCUCAUGCGCUCUCUCACGCGCUCUCUCACGCGCUCUCUCACACGCACUCUCACGCGCACUCUCACGCGCUAUCUCACGCGCACCCUCACACGCACUCUCAUGCGCUCUCACCCGCUCUCUCACGCGCUCUCGCACGCGCUCUCUCACGCGCACUCUCACCCGCUCUCUCACGCGCUCUCUCACGCGCUCUCUCACGCGCUCUCUCACGCGCUCUCUCACGUCCUCUCUCCCACGCUCUCCCUCACGCGCUCUCUCACGCGCACUCUCACGCGCUCUCUCACGCGCACUCUCACGCGCUCUCUCACACGCACGCGGACUCUCACGCGCUCUCUCACGCGCACUCGAACUCUCACGCGCUCUCUCACGCGCUCUCUCACGCGCUCUCUCACGCGCUCUCUCACGCGCACUCUCCGUUCGCUCCCGCGCACACGCUCUCCCUCGAGCUCCGUCUCUCCCUUUCUUAA